GAGCACGCCCUCCCGCCGUGCCUGACGCCACGGCCUCCGCUCAGGGCCGCCCUCCAUUGGCUCGCGGAGCCUCGUGCGAUGAUGACGAUUCAGGGCAAAGGGGAGGCGAUCAGGCUGUCCCGGGAGGCGGAGUGAAGGCGGCGACGGCGGCGGCGAGAAGAAGGUGGAGGGGGUGGGAUUCCCGGAGGCGCCGGCGUCACCGUGGGGACUCCCUCCCUCCGACCUCCCAGCGCCGGACGCGAGUGGACGCCGGAGCGAGGAAGAGGCAGAACCAGCCUGCCUGACACCACCUCUUGGCUUGAGGAAACAGAACCUUUCUGAGGAAGACCCCUGGUCUCAUGAACGAAUCAACGGAUCUCGAGAACGCCAGCACUCUGGAGCCAGUCCUCCGGCUCAGGAAGGGACACGUGCCCGAUACUGCUGGGCAGGAAAACCAUGACAGUGACCAAUCCACUGAGGAGGGGUCCCUCUUAGUGGAGUCACCAACUAGUUCAUCUGAAAAUGAAAAGAGUUCCGAUGAUGCUGGGGGUAACGAUGCAGCUCAGGAAGAUGAAGGAUUUAUGGGGAUGUUGCCUCUCCAGGCUCACCAUGCCAUGGAGAGGAUGGAAGAGUUCGUAUGCAAGGUGUGGGAGGGCCGAUGGCGUGUCAUCCCUCACGAUGUCUUGCCCGACUGGCUAAAGGACAACGACUACCUUCUGCAUGGGCACAGGCCACCAAUGCCCUCUUUCCGGGCCUGCUUCAAAAGCAUUUUCAGAAUACACACAGAGACCGGCAACAUCUGGACACACCUGCUAGGUUGUGUCUUCUUCCUGUGUCUGGGAAUCUUCUACAUGUUCCGGCCCAACAUGUCCUUCGUAGCGCCUGUGCAGGAGAAGGUGGUGGUUGGGAUGUUCUUCUUGGGAGCCAUUCUCUGCCUCUCCUUCUCAUGGCUCUUCCACACCUUUUACUGCCAUUCGGAAGGAGUCUCGAGGAUCUUCUCCAAGCUGGACUACUCUGGCAUUGCCCUCCUCAUUAUGGGCAGCUUCGUCCCCUGGCUCUACUACUCUUUCUACUGCAACCCUCAGCCCUGUUUCAUCUACUUGAUUGUGAUCUGUGUCCUGGGCAUCGCAGCCAUUAUCGUUUCCCAGUGGGACAGGUUUGCAACCCCUCAGUACCGAGGAGUACGGGCAGGAGUGUUUCUGGCUCUGGGCCUUAGUGGGGUCAUUCCCACCCUCCACUUUGUCAUCUCGGAAGGGCUCCUCAAGGCUGCCACCAUGGGGCAGAUAGGCUGGCUGGCACUCAUGGCCUGCCUGUAUAUCACGGGCGCUGCCCUGUAUGCUGCUCGCAUCCCAGAGAGAUUCUUCCCGGGCAAGUGUGACAUCUGGUUCCACUCCCACCAGCUGUUCCAUGUGUUUGUCGUGGCUGGUGCAUUUGCGCACUUCCACGGUGUCUCAAACCUUCAGGAGUUCCGUUUCACGGUUGGGGGAGGCUGCACGGAGAACGAGGUGCAGUAACUGUGGCCGGGUGCCGAGGAUCGUAACCAAAACAGAACUGUGGGAGCGGCUGGGAGUUCCCCGGGCAGUUGGUGUGAGCAUCGGGCCACACUUUGUCUGUGGUGGUGUGGCAGCUUUGCGGGGAAUCUUGCUGUAACAUGAAGAGAAAUUCAUACCUCAAGCAUUGGAGUGAAUUGAUUCUGAAACCUGGAAGUUCUUAAACCCCUAACUUAUUCCUGGGAUCUACAGACUGAGCUACAGAAAGCCCUUUCUUAAUCCGCUUCUGUUCAAUGCCAUAUUUAUUUGUAGAAAACAAGGAGUUCUCAUGGGGAGGUGGCUUAGCAAUUUUUUUUCUUUAAAAACAAAAACAAAAACUAGCUUAAUUAAGAUUUGUAUCUUGUUCAGGUAAGUUGAUUUUAGAUGCUCUUUUGGGAGAGAAAAAUGUAAAUAAGAUUUCUAACUUUGGGUUUAAUUAAAAAAAAGUUUAUAUAAAUGUUUUAAAAAUGGGGGGAGGGGUUUUGUAUAGAAUGCAACAUGCAAGUACCACACACUGUUUCAAUUUUGCACGCAGUCUGGAGUGCAAGAGGGCCAAGUGGAACCCCUGGGGAGCUCGAUCUCUGGGUCCUGCAGGUCCAUCCUUCCUGGCACUGGUAUUACACUGGAUAGUUAGGCCCAACAGGCUCAGUGUCUGCACGCAAGGGUGGAGAGUCGACACACACUUCCCACUGGAAUCAGGCUGCUGUUCAGGCUCACGCGUGUCCCGACAGCAAAGGCUCUCUGCAGCUGGGGCUCUGCUCCAUUGACAGGGCGUGCCUCCUCACCACCUCCUCCUCUCUGCCCUCCUGUGGGUAGUUUCUGGCUGAGUUUGGUUUUGUUGACCUUUUGCUGUGUUGGGAUUGGAUGGCUUAAAAGGCACAACGUGGCGUGUGCUUUGCCCUUCAGGGUCUCAAGUCAAUGUGCUGCCAUCCACUUGGGCCUGCCAUCUUGCCCAUCCGAGUGCAAUUGUUAGGGAUGGGCAUCUGCCUUGUAAAACGGCCGUAAGAGGACAGAGAGCAGAAGGCAGUCUUGUGCUUGAGGGAAGAGGUCUGGCUGGCUCAUGGUGGAUCCGGUCUGGGUUAUUUCAUGUGCUGCUGACCCAUGGCAGCAUGAAGGUUGCUUGAAUUAAAUACACUGAACUCCACUUGCCUGCCACAUCACACUACCGUUCCUUUGCUCUUCCUUCUAGUAUCUAGGACAAUGCUGUGCCCUCUAUUUUUAAAAAAGGAAAGGAAAAGGGGGCAGUGGGGCAGAGAAUGUACUGGGCGGCAAUUGCUUUCCCUCAGUUAAAACCAUUGUUGAGCCUAACAAAGCGUGUCUGCACUAAGCAUUGCCUCUCUUAGUGUACAGAAAAUACUUCUGUCAACUCUUCUGCACUGCUUUGAGUUCUCUUGAAAUAUAUUCAGCCUGAGUAAGGAAGUCUAGCCUCUUCCUCCUCCUGCUAGGUUGGUGGGACAAGUUGGAGCUGGAAAGAAACUGGUAGAUAAAAGGUAGAGUAUUUCUCCAUGAGGACAGUUACUCUGGCCCAUAGUGAAGAAAUACAGGUGGUGGGUGGUGUGUGUCACAGCUUAAAACACUAGGUUAUUAUGAAGAGGGACUUGGUGGCUCCCCCUUCUUCUCCCCCUGCUUUUUUUCUAGAAUUGAUUCCUCUUUGCCCUCAAAACUGAAUCAAGAAGUGUUUAGACCUACAAGAGGUGCUUAACUGGUGCUUGUAGGCAACUUGGAGUGUUCUUGUUCUGGGUAGGAUCACAACCCCAAACGCAGAUAGGCCAGCAUGGCAGCCUAAUGUGUUUGGCCGUUUUUGAUCUCAGACUAAAAUGGAAUAGUAUUGAGUCCCUUGAGUGAAACGGGACUAACAUUAACUUGCACCCUCAAAGUGGUAUGUGAAGCCACCUGGUAGGAGGGUGGUUUUCCUAAUGAAGAAAACCGGCGAGACAUAUCGGACCCAGACUACCUGUCUGAAAUGCACUUUUGGGGGUACUCUGUAUCUGUACCAGCAGAAGCUGCACCUCCCUAUUCUGGAUCAUCCCAUGCUCACUCCCAGAAAGGGGCUCUAGCAUACCUGGUCCGGCACAGCACAGAACUUGUACAGAAACACCAUUCUCCACUUGCUGUUCUUAACCUAUGUUGGUCUCCUCCGUUUAGGACCUUUUUGUGUCCAAAUAAGAAACUGCUUAGCUGUGCACUUUCUUUUCUGUGGUGCUUGCUGAGACUUCUUCCCAGGUUGGCACCUGAAUGCCUUACUCAGCAAUUGGAGGUUUGCUUGCUUUCUCUGUGUGUGCAGGUUUUUGGCAUAGCAUUGUUAGGAUCUACAGCUUCUUUCUUUCCCCAUUAACUAGUGGCCUUGUUCAGUAUUUUCUUUUUAUUAAAAAAAAAUGCUUACUGUUGGAGGCAACAAAGCACAUCUUGGACUUUGUAGACUGGGAUCUCUGGGCAAUGGGAUCUCAUUACUUGUUGUAUUCUUAACUUCUAAUAAAAGAACAAAAUGGA